AUGUUUAAGGAAUUAUUUUAUGAGAAGUACUUUCCGGUUGCGAAGAGAUGGGAGUCAAGGAAGCAAUUUGAUGAUCUCAUCCAAGGUAACAUGUCAGUGACAGAGUACGAGAACAAGUUCACUUCCCUUUCUUGUUUUGCUCCAGAGAUAGUGAAGAAUGAAGCUGAUAAGACUCGGAAGAAAGGAAUAGUGGAAGCAAGAGAGGAAUGCAGGGUCAUCUUUAGAGGGCAGUCAUGGAAGAGGAAUAGGGGUGGUCCGUCUCAGUUCCAGGGGCAGCAGUCUGCACGAUCCGCUCCUACGACCCCUAUACCAACAGGGUCUGCUAGGAGUGGUGUCGUUUGUUUUCACUACAAUCAGUCGGGUCACUAUAAGGCAAAAUGUCCACAGGCAUCGGCUAGUUCUGGAGUUUACUUUGGUUGUGGCCAGAAGAGCCAUAGGGUUAAGGAUUGUCCGAAUCGGGGAGCAGGCACAGGUAGUGGCAGAGGGUUACAGCAGAAGCCGUCACAGUCGGUUAUAGUUCAGUCAGGUGUUCAGGUUGGCAGUUCUCUGGCACGGGUACCACAGGGACGUGUCUUUGCACUUGCUCAGACCGAUGCAUCUUCUAGUCUAUCAGUUCUCCGAGUUGGGGUUUUGGUGUCCUUGAGCAGAGUCAUGAGGGAUUAUUCCAUUGUGAUAGCCAGACGGACUUUUGUGUUUGACCUCAUCCUCCUGGUGAUGACUAAUUUUGAUGUUAUUCUCGGGAUGGAUUGGUUAGCUUUAUUUCGUGCUACGAUUGAUUGUUUCAGAGGUAGAGUCACAGUUUGUAUUCCUGAGGGAGAUUGCUUCUUUUUCAUGGGAGAUCGGAGUGACUCCCAUACUUCAUCGUUUUAUAGAAUUUGUGGACGAGGUCGUGGUGAUUACUUCUUGGUUAGUCUUUUAGCCGAAGAAGAUGGUGUUGUAGAGGAGGUUUAUCCGACGGUUGUUCAUGACUUUUUGGAUGUUUUUCCGAAGGACCUAACAGAGUUGCCUCCAUAUUGA